CCUUUGAAUAGAUCGAUAGUCUGUAGGUUCCCUGGCAGGGAGGUUAGGCGGCGCUCAAAUAAGCCAGUUUCAUUUUAAAUCAAAGAGUAUAACAAAGUAUAAGCAAGUCAUCAUGGCAUCUCUGUUUAAGAAGAAGACAGUCGACGAUAUCAUUAAAGAGCAGUCCAAAGAGCUGAGAGGCACCCAGAGACAAAUCACCAGAGACCGAACUGCCCUGGAGAGACAGGACAGGCAAAUGGAAAUGGAAAUCAAGAAAAUGGCCAAGACUGGAAACAGAGAAGCAUGCAAAAUUUUAGCCAAACAACUUGUACAGCUUAGAAAACAGAAGAACCGUACCUAUGCCGUGAGCUCCAAGGUCACUUCCAUGUCUACACAGACCAAGGUCAUGAAUUCUCAGAUGAAGAUGGCUGGAGCCAUGUCUACCACAGCAAAGACUAUGCAAGCUGUCAAUAAAAGAAUGGAUCCCAAGAAGACACUACAAACGAUGCAGGACUUCCAAAAGGAAAACUUAAAAAUGGGAACGACAGAAGACAUGAUCAACGAUACACUGGAUGAGAUAUUUGAUGAAUCUGGUGAUGAGGAGGAAUGUCAGGACAUUGUAAACCAGGUGCUCGAUGAAAUUGGCAUUGAGAUCUCAGGAAAGAUGGUAAGAGCCCCCUCAUCAGGCACAAGCCUCCCUGGCACCUCCCCAGCAAAAUCGAAAGCAGCCACUAUCUCAGAUGCAGAGAUCGAGAGACAGCUAAAGGCUUUGGGAGUGGACUAAACUUCAUCACACUUUACAACUGUCUGUCAACAAAGGGCUGAGUUCAUACAGUUGGAGCAGGGAAGUCUGUGGGGAUGGUCGAGUAAUAAAUGAAGGAAAAAUGUCACAUACUCUUCUUAUAGGCAUGUAGAGAAUGCAAUAGGUCACUGGUCUAUAAUUGGAUUAAAUGGUUUGAUGUAUAGAGCAGAUUUUGGACUUAAAGUAAAGAGGGUUCUGACCAAAUAUACUCAUAAAAUGAGUACUCAUAUUUGACCUACUAGUUCUCUUGCUUCUUGGCAUAUUAGAAAAAAUACUAGGCACAUACUGUAGGGGUUUAAAGGUAAAGUGUCUAAUUACUGCACAACUGGAGGCAUCAAACUUAAUUGCAAUCUGUUUGAUUGAGGCACAAUGUUCUAUAAUACCUGGAGAAAGCUAUCUGUUAGCAAUCCCAUUCAUCUUAUUGGCAGUUCUUCAGACUACAGGAAAACCUGCUUGUGGUAGAAGGGGAAGUAUUUGAAACUUGUUUGAGAACGGUCAUUUUUUGCAAUUCUGUUAAGUGUCACUAAUGGCACAGACAUUAAACACCUCACCUUUAAAUUAAAGGGUGCUAUCUGUUACGCUUAUGGCAAUAAAUUGUCCGCUCUAUUCUUUAAAUGUACAUAGCUGAAAAUAUGGAACAUUUUGGAUCUGCAUGGGAUUUUCCCAUGUUAUAGGACUAAUCAUCUCAAGUAUGUCAUAUAGCUCAUAAGAUUCUCAUUAUGUGUACUUUGUGACGUCUCUUUAUUUUGUGUAUGACUUUAGGAAGUUAUGGAAACCACUUUUCUUCACAGUGAGGUUUUUUAUGCAUUCAAUAAGCAUUUUUUCUCAAAAACUGACCAGAAAAUAUCUUGCAUGAGAAUCAUUGUUGAUAUGAUAAUGUGAUGAAGUAUUUACUUAUUAAUCUUGAAACAAUGCAACCAUUGAGACCGUUCAACUACAUUGUGGAUGAUAAGUUGGUAGGUAACAAAACCAAAUUGUAGGUUCAGAAUGCCCAAAUUUUUAAUGAAAAGUAUUGAGUAAUUGUUAAGGUGUUGCAAAGAGAUGCUCAAACUUACUGUGAGAUCUGCUUAAAGCUUUCAUAGUGUUUACAAUGUUACUGAUUUUAUUAGGAUAUUAUUCCAAGACUUCAUAUCUCAAAAUUAAAAAAAAAAACAACUAAUUGGAACCCGUGAAUUUAAGUGAUGGACAUGCAUAUAUAUAUAUAUAUGCACCCUAAUUAUUGUUACAAAUCUGUUAUUUGCAA